AUGCGUGAUUGGCGAGUGCGUUACAUCGUAGAUCUAGUGCUGCUAUUUUUCGCAGCCAUUCAAACUGCGACAGCUCAGGAGGGCAAUGUGGUGUGCCGUAUUGAAGACCCGAAUCGGGUCACCGAUUGCAACAUUCUACGACAGUGUUCGCAACGAGUGUACCCGGUGGAUCUCAUCCAAGGUGACAACCUUGAGCUAGUUAACCGAUGUGGAGGAGGGCUCAACAAUAUGGUGUCCUUGUUUGCCGGAAACUCCACCUGCACCUAUUUCUCCAAUCUCAUCGGAACUACGCAAGGUCGCAAUGCACUGGCAGACAUCGUUCAGCAAGAGCUGCAGAAGAGUUCGUUCCGAGGGAUCGAUUUACAGUGUGAUCCAACCGUUCGGGGCACCAAUCAAACGGCCUACAACGGAUGCCUUCGGUUGUUACGCCAGCGCAUUGGGUUUGGAUUUUUCUUCAGUGUACGGAUCGAAAAUCCCGACCUCGAUCCGGUGGUCAUCGACACGCUCAACGAGCUGAUCGAUCUGAUUCACUGCUCUCAGGAUGGCAACGGGUCUUCUUCGAUUGUUGAUGCGCUUAUUCGAAAAGGAUGCAAUUCGCGGAAAAUAGUCGUCAACGUGGAACUUCCUAGUGUUGUGACCUGUCCUAUCAGCGGAGUCCAGCUGCAAAAUGCCGCCGAUUCGGUGAAAGAUCGAAAACUUUUCGGAGCCGCCGUUCUCCUGGACAACGACGACAUCGAAGACCGGUGCGGCAAUGGAAGCUUUCCGCAGCUGCGAAAGCUGUCGAACCUGUUCGCGGGAGCCAACGAGUGCGAGUUCGAUGGAUUCAUACCGGAUCUGCGAAAUCGAAGCCGCUUCUACAGUUGUUCGGAGGGCAGGCUCAAUCUUCACGAAUGUCCUUUUGGUCAGAUGUUUGAUCGUAUAAACAGCACCUGUAUUCCAUUCGCUAUAAUCGAUUGCAAUGAAACGACAUGUCUUGUGAGGUCUCCGGUACCGAUAAGAAACGAUACCCAGCUCAUUCCGAUUGGUGUUCCGUUCCCGAGGGGAUUUACACCUAUUCCGGAUAUCACAGUACCUCCACCAACUCCGCCACCAACUGCAGCACCUGCCACGACACCAGCCCCGACAACAACAAUAGAAACUUCAACGACUACGACAGUGUCAACGACCGCUUCAACAACUCAACAAACCACCUCUACAGUUCCGACAACUCUAGCACCGGUAACCACAACACUUCCGCCAGGUUUACUGCUCACUCUGUUGCCGAUGUUGGCUGGUUUGCUCUCGACUACGUCAACUACACCACCACCAAUAACAACACCCAUGGUGAUACCGACCAUUUCGGUUUCUUUCCCUACCUUCCCGGGUGAUACUGAACCAACUACGACAGUAACCCAACCAACAUCAGCUGGUGGAAAUAUGUCAUCAACAUCCGAGACAUCGACGACUUUGACAACGGAUACAACGCCGUCAACGGUGUCCGAUACUUCGCCAACAGAACCAGAAGAAGAGAUUGACGAAGUACAAGAGGUCACCGAAGAGAACCCUUCCACAGCCAUGACUGAGGAGGAGUACGGUGGUGAUGCUAAGCCACCGGGAUCAUACGAGUACGGUGGCCAACAGCAGCAUGGUGGCUCGGAGGAAUACGGGUACAAGCGAGGGUCCUAUGAGGAUGGCUAUAAGGGCGAUUCGUACGACCAAGGGUAUGGUUCCAAAUCUAAGGAGCACUAUUAGUUGAGUUUACGCUGGAAGGUUGUUUCUCGUGUUUUUCUUUGCAAAACGUACGGUACGAUUCA